AUGAAUGACGGAGACUACAGCAUCAUCUAUGACACAAUCCAGAAAGAGAGGAUGUAUGAGCUUCCAGACCAACCAGGGGAAAAUGGAGGCCCCCUCUAUGAUGAGGUCCACAAAGACUUAGGACCCACAUUGUAUGCCCCAGGGCUAGAAACCCAUGAACACCAUCCAGUGUCAGUCUCUGUCAUUGGGAGUGGAGGCCAGAGCUCUGCCUCACCACAGCCAGAAGCAGGAGGCUACCUCCUGCCUGAUGAGGUAGACCCUGAGGUCUCACUUACUCACUCAGGUGAGCUCCAGGAGGACAGGGACAUCUCAAAGGAAGAACCACACUCACCAACCCAGGACCAAGAGGAGCCCCGGGAGAAUGCAGUCAUGAGGAAGGAAGAGCUGCCUUCCCCUUCAAGCUUCGCCAUUCAGCACGGCAGGGCUUUCUCCACCAGCCAGCAUUCCCCAGCCUUCUAUUCUGAUGCCAACGGUUUGCAAGAAAAAGAAGCAAAUUCCAUGAUCCCCGAGAUUUACCUCUUUGUGAAGGCUGGAAUCGAUGGGGAAAGCAUUGGCAACUGUCCCUUCUCUCAGCGCCUCUUUAUGAUCCUUUGGCUGAAAGGAGUUGUGUUCAAUGUCACCACCGUGGACCUGAAAAGAAAGCCGGCUGACCUGCACAACCUAGCCCCUGGCACCCACCCGCCCUUCCUGACCUUCAACGGGGAUGUGAAGACAGACGUCAACAAGAUCGAGGAGUUCCUGGAGGAGACCUUGGCCCCUGAGAAGUAUCCCAAACUGGCCGCAAAACACCGGGAAUCCAACACAGCAGGCAUCGACAUCUUCUCCAAGUUCUCUGCCUACAUCAAAAACACCAAGCAGCAGAACAAUGCUGCCCUGGAGAGAGGCCUGACCAAGGCGCUGAAGAAGCUGGAUGACUACCUGAACACCCCUCUGCCAGAGGAGAUUGACGCCAACACUGGUGGGGACGAAGAUAAGGGGUCCCGGCGCAAGUUCCUGGAUGGAGACGAGCUGACCCUAGCUGAUUGCAACCUGUUGCCCAAGCUCCAUGUGGUCAAGAUCGUGGCCAAGAAAUACCGCAACUAUGAUAUCCCAGCUGAGAUGACAGGCCUGUGGCGGUACCUCAAGAAUGCCUACGCCCGGGAUGAGUUCACCAACACCUGUGCCGCUGACGCGGAGAUUGAGCUGGCCUACGCGGAUGUCGCCAAGCGCCUCAGCCGAUCCUGAGCACUGCCUGGCCCCGUCCCUGCUGCAAAAGGACUCAGCUUCCCCCAAAGGACUCCAGCUCCACCGGCCCCUCUUCUUCAUUGCCUUGGAAAACAUUUUUUUUCUCCUGAAACCAGGUCACAUCUUGCUGGCAUCACCUGAACUCCAGCCUAUGAUCUUUUAAGAAGGUCAGUGCCAUCCCCUGCCUCACCACACAAGAGUCCGGCAAGCAGAAAAGAUUGGAGCUAGGACUGAGUUGGCUGAGGAUUUUGGUGCCCAGCAAACAUGCCUUCAGUAGCUCCCUACUUCUGACACUCCUGUCAUUGGGCACUGAAGGCCAGAUUGCAAAGUCUUUCCACUCUCAGCUUGCUGGAGUGUGGGAAAGCUGCAAUGCUUUGGUGCACUUGACUGCGCUGGUGACCCUAGUGUUCAUGCUGGCCAGGUCCUGCCACGAAAGGAAAUCGGCAGGCAGCUCCAAACGGGGGUGACUGGGAAGGGGAGCGGUGGGGUGGGGGAGCAAUGUCAAUGCCAAAAGGCCCACAGGGUCUAUCAGCCAUGGGGUUUGCUCGCUUAGGGGUAGUUGUUUGACUGGGGAGUACAUGCCUGGGUUUGACUGUGUGUAUCAGUAAGUGGCCCUGAUCCAGGAGAGAGCAGCUGGGAGUAGAAGGGGAAGAAUGGGUGAAGAUAAAGGAGUGCUUUAUGAGACUUCUUGUCCCCUGGUAAACUUUUAGACAGGUCUUCUCUCUCGUGACCCAAUAAGGCUUGGACUGGUGGUGUGGUUUCACCAGCAGCCUUAUUGCAAAAACCCAACAAUUGGCCAAAACCAUCUCCCCGGUCUCUCCUAGUUGGUCCUGGAUGUGAGUCUGCUGGUUGGGUACUUUCAGGUGGCUGCCCUUGGUUGACCCAGCUGCUGCCACUGAUGGCAGACAUACAGUCAGCAGGUGGCACUGUCAUGGAACACCUGAGAAAGUCCAGGGGACUAACUGACUGGGAAACCAUGAGGUUGAACUUGAAGAAAACCAUGUACCCAUCUGGGUUAAUUUUCCUACCUGUAGAUUCAACUGCCAGAUGAAAAUUUUUUUCUCAGCUAAUAUUUCACUCCUUCGUCAUUCUCCUUGAGCUUCACCUCCUUACAAACUCACCCGGUCUUAGCAUUGGGGACUUGUGCAAAGGAAACUAAGAAAAAUGAACUAAUCAUCGACUCCCUCUCCCGGUGAACGCCCUGUGAGAAAACCCAUCCACCCCAGGGCCUCACCUGCAACAAUCCUGCCUUCUGUGUUGCUUCUCGGUGGAGGGUGAGGCUCCCAAGUGCCGGAAAGGCCUUGGACUUGGCUCAUUUCUCAACGAGGGCAGGACAGCACGGGUCCUUUCCAUAGAAACAUCAACAAACUCUAACCCAAGCAAUGCCUGAACCCACCUGCCUCCAGGGAUCUCUGAGGGAAAGAAGUGAUCCAUUGAUCAAAACAGAGGACAGGAAGCAGGAGGCCUCCUUUAGGCCACUGAGGAAGAGGAAAUUUCUCAGUAGGACAUUUUAUGAGCCUGAGAGAGCUUUGAAAGGGCAGAAUGAGUUGAUUCAUUUGCCCCCUUUAAAGGAAUCUUUCCACAGUCUCCCUGGAAACUUUGCCCCUGGGGAAGCUUAACAAGGAGAUCUGGUAAGGCAACAGUCUUUUUACUGUAGGGAAAAGCCCCAAACUAGCCUCUGGGGAUGCGAGUUCGAAUGAUUCCGAGGGCCUUUUCAUUAGUGUGAAACCAUGCUGGACUCAGAAAUCCUUCCAUGCACUUAUGGCCAAGCGUGAGGACCUGGGAGGCAGCUGACUUUUCUGAGAUCCAUGGGUGGGCUGUUUUUGAAACCCACGUAUGAGGCCCCGCACACAUAAUGAGGACCCCCUGGAGGACAGCACCACCCCAGAGGAGGUGGCAGAAUGCUCAGGGCUCUGCCUUGAUAUUCAGAAUCCAGCAGUUGGUGAGUCCAAAACCAGGCAGACCAGACCAAAGCAAGAUGGUUGUUUCCAGAUGUUCCUUCUGGGGUUGAGUCAGUUUGACAUAAAUAAGGCACUGGGUAGGGGUGUUACAUGAUCACUCACAGCCAUUUAGAAUAGGAGGAAGGCAUUUCUGGAUACUCAAUUCAGAACUAUCAUCUAAUACAACUGAAUAUUGACUCAGAGUUCUGAUGGCUCAUGGCCAGACUUAUCCCAGCAUAUUAAAAUAAGAAUAUUAAUACCUUCCACUGGUUGCUUUCUUUUUCCAGAAUAGAUUCCCCUGCGCUCCCCUCCUCCCCAGUCUUUCAGCCUCACUGGGCUUUGGCCAUAACUGUGUCCUGGGCACCGUGUACCGUUUCUCAGCAAGUGGGAUGAGGCCCGUAGGAGGCCCAAGAAACAAGUCAGGAAGGAUUGAAGGGUUUGCAGCGUGGGGCCUGGGUGACUGCUGAGCCCACCGAAAGCAUUUCAGUGGCACAGCAAAGGGGCUCAUUUGUGUUGAGCUCCUGUUUCAUCUCGUAAUUAUUUCUCCCCUUUGACCUUCCAUCACUACUUUUUUGUAGGGUAGGGCAGUGAGAGGCAAAGGCAGAAAUAAAAGUCAAGGUCAGAAUGGCAGAAUUGAACUCAGUCAUCUCUUCAGGACUGCCUAGGGCUUAGUUUGGCCCAGAGCUAAGGUCCUGGAUAAGAUUUUAAAAACUAUGCAAGAUGAGCUGGAUGGGUAAAAUCUGGAUUGACCAGAGCAAAGGAGGUCAAGCGCCUGAUGAAUUCCAAAUCACAGUACAAGUAGGACUGUCAGCUUUUAUAGCAAGGGGGUUCAGAGUUCCCCUGCACCAAACAAAUGAGUUGAAAACUGGGAAAUGUAGACAAUCAAUUUUUUUGGCCACUAGUUCUUAAACUAGUUUCAGUUUCCCAGGAAAUGGCACUGUUCUUAAAGUUCCCUCCUUGUGCUAGGGGUGCUUGAUCCUUCCAACAAAAACAAAACAAAACUUUGCCAAGAAUGAGGUUGCCUGGGCCACAUUCUUUGUCCAGUGAAACAACAGAAGCUGCUCACAGCACCUGUGCGUGGCGACCGCUCUACAGACAAACCAUACUGAGUGUCUUGGGAAUGUCACAAAAUGGAGCACAUCUAGAAUAGACCUUGGCCUUCUAAGAUUCCCGGGAAUCAGCAAGGCCUGGGCAGAUAGCAGUGAGACAGAGGCAGAGACAGGAAGUUGGGAUUCUUCCCUAGGAAGAGUCUGCCCUCACUGUGAGCAUCUGUGUCUAACGUUAAACUGAUCUGGAAGCAGCAGGCAUCCAGGAGGCACUUCUGCUGAUCUCUAUUCCCACUGGCCAGGAGCCAUCUCCACUGUCCCAGAUGCUGGUGUUACCCUCUUGGGAAAGAAGAAACAUUAACUCAUGAUGACAUCUAAGUUCAGCAAGUCCCAAGGGAUUGCUUUCAAAUUUUUGUAUGUGACAUCAAGAAGAAUCUUAAGAAAGUACUAGAAAAAGUGUGCACAUGGAAGCCUCUGACCCUGCAGCACGCAGGCCACUGUGGCCUUCCACCUGCUGCUCUUCACCACUCAAAUCAAAUAGCACGUGCCCUCCUUGUGAACACGCACUCUUCUUCUCCCAGGUUAGCCUCAGGAGACUGUCAUCUCAAAGUCACAUAGUUGUAUUUAAUGCCCUCUAAGGACAUAGAUCCAAUCCUCCCCACAACCAAAGAUAAAUAGAAUAUUGCAAAAAUAUUGCCUCCAUACAAGGUGCAAGCUAAUGGAUAUUUCUAUAAAAGCAAUCUGGUUUUUGGCAAAGCAUAGUUUUCAGGAUCUAGUCAUCCGAGAUAUUUUGUGUACUGUUAGAGUUUUCACACUAUUGACUAUGCAUAUAUUUAACAUAUAAAAUAUCCAGCUGAUGUUUGAAUUUAUCUUACUUUCUUAGCUACGUGGUUGCCCUAUUUUAUAAGCUAGGGAGCUCACUAAUCUAGCAAAUGAUGCCUAGCUUUUAUAAAAGAACAAGUGCUUCAUUUUACAAAGUCACUCCCCAUGAUGGCUGCUUGAUUUUCAUGAGACCUUCAACUGUGUUGAUAAAAUAAUCAUCCUUGCUUUCCAGCCUUAAUAAAUAUAAAAUGCCUUGCAAUGAAGAUAUAGCUGAGUGCUUUCCUCAUGAAUCUGAACCAGUUACGAAUUUGUUUCCCAGACUUGAGUGGUAUUGACUGAUUCAAAUAAAGUUGCUUUAUUUUCAAUUACUAUAAAAGCGAUCAUCAGGCUUUUUAUUUGA